AUGACAACAAAGUCGACCAAAAAGGGUCCCUGGACAGCCAGUGAAGAUCAGGCCCUGCUGGCGCUGGUGCGCCAGCUGGGCCCGCAAAACUGGGUACGGAUCGCUGCAGCGCUGCAGAAUCGAUCCCCGAAACAGUGUAGAGAACGCUACCAUCAAAAUCUCAAACCUUCCCUCAACAAACAGCCCAUAUCGGAGGCGGAAGGAGCCGUGAUCGAAGAUUUGGUCGGCCGGCUCGGGAAAAAAUGGGCGGAAAUCGCUAGAGUGCUGAAUAACGGCCGUAGUGACAAUGCCGUCAAAAAUUGGUGGAAUGGUGGCGCCAACAAACGUUUGCGGGCCCGUGGCGUAACUUCUCCAGCUCCCGUCGUCGCAUUGUCUGAUCCGCUGACACGAACAGAGUCGUUGCCUGCGUCGCCGUCGCAUUCCGUUCCGGGCUCGGGCUCGGUGUCGUCUUCGACGACUGCGUCGUCCUCGCCGUUGGCUGCCCCUACAGCAGCUCCGGCAACAAUUGGACAGCUCCAUCAUCAUCACCAUCACCAUCAUCACCAGCAGCAGCUGGCACAAGCACAAUCACACUCACACUCACACUCACACUCACAUUCGGUCGGUCUCCGACCCAGUCUGGUCUCCACAACAUCGCUCCCGCCCGUCAGUUUUAUCCAACAAUCGAUUUACAGCGCGGGUCAGGUGGCAGGCACUUCAGCACCCCCAGGACGUUCACUUUCAUCCACCACUGCGUCAUCGGCAUCGGCAUCGGCAUCGGCAUCGGCAUCGGCAUCGGCAUCGGCAUCGGCAUCGGCAUCGGCAUCGGCAUCGGCAUCGACGCCGGCGGUCCUAGGACACCGUUACACGGGGUCGGGACCUUCACUCUUCCACAACGUGGUGGAAAACCGUCAUUCCCAGUCGUUUCCGGCACCUUCAUCAUGGGCUUCACAUUCCAAAAGCCAUUCCGAGCUGCCGUCUUUGGGCACCGCCGUCUGGGGCCACUCCAGAACUGUGUCUCCCACGGCCGAGGUUUACUGUUCCAACGUUCUGGAUCGGUCUCAAGAUCCGUCCCGAAGGUCAUCCGUAGCGUUUUUGGACGACUUCAGCAGCCAUAAACGCCCAACCCCCAGUCAUCGGGCCGCUCAGGAUCUGCCUGCCAUCCAUUCGGCGAGCACGGGCAGCUCCACUGGCAGCAGCAGCAGCAUUACUAUCCCCUCCAAUCUCUCCGGCGUAUCUGCUUCGGCUCCAGUACCGAGUUUCCCUUCAAGUUUCUUGACUUUGGACUCUUCUCGCCAACUUAACGACGCUGACAUGAUAAGGCCGGAUUUCAAAUUUGGCGGCGAUCUAGGCAAACACACCACCAACCCCAUGUCACGGCCUCUCCAGCCGCAAAGUGCUGUGAGAGAGCAGCAAGACGAAUUGCAGGUUGUUGCACGAUCAAAAGACCACAACAGGUCUCAAUCUCGUGUCACACUCGGCGACAUUUUGAAUAAGCCGUAA